AUGUUGUUCUCGGUUCGUGUGGUUGCUUGCUUGCUUGGUUGGUUGGUUCGUGUGGUUGGUUGGUUGGUUGGUUGGUUGGUUGUUUUGUGGUUGGUUGGUUGUAAUUUCAGGUUGUCUCCAGUGCCAUUCGAGACAGCACUGUAUCUGUGUCAUGGUGCUUUUAAAUUUAUUGAAUGGUCAUUCUUUGUGAGAAGCGCGCAGAAUGGUUGUUUAUUAUUGUAUUUGAUGUCGAUGAGCAUUAUUAUUGUGUCUAUUAUUUAUUGUGUAUUUAUGGAGCAAGAACGCCAUUCGGACAGCGAUAUAAUUACGAGUGAUACAAUUUUAACAGCACCAGUAAUUUACUUGGGCGUGCAGUCAGUUCAACUAGCAAUUAUAGCGAUAUUUGCAUUACGCAUGAAAUAUGUCUGGUAUCCGCAGAUGAUCGUCGUUGCAGUUUGGACACUUUUUAACACGUCACAUUGGCUAACACCAAAAUGCGGUAAAAUUUUGGCAGUUGCAAUUGCAUUGGCGCUUCUGUAUCGACAUUACGAUGUGUACAAGGAACAGAUGAGUGAUGAACGGGAAUUCUAUGAUCCAGAUACAGUGGAUUUAAUGGAAUGGAUAAUAAAAUCAACGCCAACGCACUCGUCAUGGGCCGGUAGUAUGCAGUUGAUGGCUGGAGUGAAGGCUUGUACAAAUAGAUAUUUGAUCAAUCACCCGCAUUUCGAGGACGCCUGGAUUCGGAAUAGAACACAGCGCGUUUAUCAGAUUUAUGGAAGGAAAUCAGUGGAAGAGGUGCAUGGAAUAUUGGUGGAUGAAUCGGUGGAUUAUAUAGUAAUCGAGGAGAGCAUCUGCUUUGCCGACUCGAAUGGAUGUUCCACGAAUGAUAUCGUCGAUUUGAGUAAUGGACACUUGAUCGAUUCCACUCAUCAUACACUCAACUCACUUUACGAUGUUGCAGCAUCCGAACUGAAUGUGCCUGGAGAGGCGCGCUUUUGUGUGAGCAUACGGGAUGCGUCUCUGGAAACGAUGCGUCGUCAAUCGCAAACUUAUGAAGAGGAGUUGAAACGGCGCAAGAGUUGCGGCGGAGGCGGCGGCACACACGAGAAGAAUCUAAUUGAACUACGCGACCAAAAACGUCUGCAGCAAAUCGAGCAGAUCACAAAACUCUACGCCCAAACCUCAAACACACAGCAAUACCAACACCCCGGCUGUGUAUCGAUGACUUCACUAUCAGCUGCUACACCCGAAUGGUGUAGAAUUCGUUUUCCAAAAGCAGUACAACCUCAAAACUUACAUUCCAGUACACAUUUAGUUGGAGUCAAUUCUUUUGGUAGGUUUAUUUUUCCUUUAAAAUAA